ACAGCUGAUUGUCAAAUAUAUGUCAAAAUAACAAAAAAAAACAGGUCGUUUGGGGCGAUGAAACUUUUUUAAAUAUUUAUUGUGAUUUGGAAGAAUUGGCAUAUUUUCCUGACAUAAAUCUCAGUCAAUAAAAUGCCUAUCACUGAGUAUAUAGCUUCAUUAUCAGAUAACCCUUAUUUUGGUGCUGGUUUUGGUUUAUUCGGCCUCGGAGCUGGAGCUGCUAUAUUACGCAAAGGAUUUCAGACAUCUAUGCUUCUAUUUAGAAGACAUUGCAUGAUAACACUAGAAGUACCAUGUAGAGACAAAUCAUAUCAAUGGCUGCUACAGUGGAUAACUCAAAAAGGUGCCAGACAGACACAACAUUUGAGUGUAGAAACAUCUUUCUUACAAAAAGAUACGGGCCAAAUAAAAACAAAGUAUGACUUCAUACCAAGUGUAGGUCAACACUUUUUCAGAUAUGGUGGGACUUGGAUAAGAGUUGACCGAACAAGGGAACAACAGACCUUAGAUCUGCAUAUGGGUAUACCAUGGGAGACCGUCACAUUAACUUCAUUUGGCCGUAACAAGCAACUUUAUUAUGAUAUUCUUGAAGAAGCUAGGACAAUGGCUUUAAAACAGCAUGAAGGGAUGACAGUAAUGUACACAGCGAUGGGUUCUGAAUGGCGUCCAUUCGGGCAUCCCCGACGAAGACGUCCAUUACACAGUGUUGUUCUCCGUGCUGGUUUAGCCGACAAAAUAUUAGCAGAUUGCUUAGAUUUCAUAAACAAUCCUCAGUGGUAUACUGAUCGCGGCAUCCCAUAUCGUAGAGGUUACUUGCUAUAUGGUCCUCCAGGGUGUGGAAAGUCAUCGUUUAUCAUGGCACUAGCAGGUCAAUUAGAAUACAAUAUUUGUGUUCUAAAUCUAUCAGAAAGGGGUCUCACUGAUGACAGACUUAAUCACUUACUAAGUGUCGCACCGCAACAAUCAAUAAUACUGUUGGAGGAUAUUGACGCUGCAUUCUUGUCCCGCGAAGAUACGCCAACGCAGAAAGCCGCUUAUGAGGGCCUUAAUCGGGUUACAUUUAGUGGACUGCUCAACUGUUUGGAUGGUGUAGCAUCGACAGAAGCUCGCAUAGUAUUUAUGACAACCAAUUAUUUAGAAAGAUUGGAUCCAGCUCUAAUAAGACCAGGACGUGUAGAUAUGAAGGAGUACGUAGGAUACUGUGACCAAGAACAAAUAGAGCUAAUGUUCUUAAGGUUCUACAAAGGGGAGCAAGCAUCGGAUCAUGCACGUACUUUUGCGAGAAUGGUACUAGAGAAGAAGAAGACAGUAAGUCCAGCACAAAUUCAAGGCUACUUCAUGUUCCACAAGCAUUCGCCGCCAGAAGAAGUAGUAAAAGAUGUAGAAACUAUAUGGACAUUAGGAUAACAGCUGUGAUAUUAUAAAUAUAGAUUAGGAGAAAUAAAAAAAUAUACGUAUAUGAAAAAUAACGGGUUUAUUUUAAAUACGUACGUACAUACUUAAUUAAAAGAAUACUAUUUUCAAGUUUAACAUUAACUCUUUAAAUUUUUCAAUAAACAAAAUGUUGAGUUAGUAGUUUAAUGAACUUCUAAAACAUAUAUUUAUAAUAACUUUCAGUAACAAAAUUAUGUACACACAUGCGAUUCAAUUACGUCAAUCAUAUCGAUACGUAUUAUUCAGGCACAUUGCCCAACAAUAGCCACUUAAUUUGUUUGACAGUGAUAUCUUACAAUAAAAGUUAUUUACAUAUUUAUGAAACAAUUAUAAAAGCGAGGUGUUACCAUAGAAAUUAUCGAAAGGGGCCGUCCAUAAAUUACGUCACACAAAAGUCAUGAUUUUUACCCCCCACCCCCCACCCCUCUUGUCACAUGUUUAUCUAUACAAAUUCUAUUAACUAUUGUUCUAAUGUCACAGUUCGUCGACAUCCUAACGUGUGACGUAAUUUAUGGAUGGCCCCAAAUUAGGUGUCAACCGCGUAUGAUGUAGCUUCACGUAGCUGAAAAUAAAAUUAAAAUCAGGCCAUUAGUUUCGGAGCCUAUUAAAUGUGAGCAAACCAACAGUCGAAUUGUUCCUCUCUAUACUAUUAGUAACUUAAUAGCGAAAUGUUCUGCCAAAUAACAAAAAAUGAAUAAACUAACCAAAAAAUUUCGUAUUUUGUUAUGAAUUUGGUAUUUUAAAAUCAAAAUUAGGUAUAUCAAAAUAAUAUUUUUAAAAAGAACAAUUUGACGUCGGUUUUAUUUUUGUAAUAUUUUUAGGGUUGGCUUUCCUACCGAGUACAGUUCCAAUCUGA